AUGUUUCGCCUGUCGAAAACCCUCGAUGUAAUCACCCUCUUCCACAGACCUUCCCUGCCCGCCUCGGUGCGUGUCUCCAACAUCCUCAAACAAGCCUCCGCCCAAGCCAGCCAGACGGCCACCGAGGACCAGGCAUCGGACCACACCCCCCAGAAUGAGGCCGUGACGCGCGACCCCUUCGAGCUCGAAGUCACCGAGGCUCCGCCCACGCCUGAUCAGCUGAAGAGCAUCUUCGAGUACGUCGGCAACGGAAUGGCGGGUAAAUUGGUGAAGGGCGCAGCGAGCCAUGGCGAUGCUCUGCGCAAGGUCAAGGCGGAUGGUGACGCGUUUACUAGACCGGUCGUGGUGGAUUGGGCCAGGGGCAAGGCUGUGGUCGGGGACAAGGAAAGUGAGAUUCUCCAGUUGCUGAAGGCUGAGAAGGAAAAGUGA